AGCGGGUGGAGGUGCAUGGGUUCCCCCGCCUUCCCUGCCCAGCAAGGAGAGCCCCGGUCCCUCCGCAGGGCAGACACCCUCGCCAGCCCGGGCUGCCCGGGGCGCCGCAGGUUACCGGGGGCUCUGCGGCCCUGCGGCGCUGGCCCUGGCCGGGGAUGCGGGCGGCGGCAGCGGACGGGGACAGCCGAGCAGCGGCCCCGGGCCCGGGCCCCGGCGGAGCGGCGGGCGGCGCCGGGCCCGCGGGUGAGGCGGGGGCCGCCGCAGUCCCCGCCCGCCGCCCGCCGGGAGGGGCCGAGCGCCGCCGCAGAGCCGCCGCCGCCGGGCCGCGCCGGGCGAUGCCGCGCCGGGCCCGGGGCCGCCGCCGCCGCCGCCCUGCGCCCCGGGGAGCCGCCCGAGGUUCAGGCUCCGCUGCCUCCCGCAAUGUGCCAGGAUGCCGCUGGGCCCGGGGAUGCACGACUGCGCCGGCCGCCUGCUCCCCCAGCCAAAAAGCAGGAGUUCAGGAUGGUUCCCCCACCACCUGUCAGCAAGCCCCACGUGUGCCUCUCCACCGUGCUCAUCAUGACCAGCCUCGUGCUCAUGGACGCCUACCUGGUGGAGCAGAGCCAGGGCUCCAGGAAGCUGGGCAUCUGCGUCAUGGUGGCAGUGGGGGACAUUUGCUUCCUGCUGGUGCUGCGCUACGUGGCCAUCUGGGUCGGGGCAGAGGUAAAGACAGCUAAGCGGGGAUACGCCAUGAUCCUCUGGUUCCUGUAUGUCUUCGUUCUGGAGAUCAAGGUGUACUUUGUCUACCAGAAUUACAAAGCCGACCGGAAAAGCUUGGAUCUGAUAGCCCGCAAAGCGCUGACCCUGCUGCUCUCCAUCUGCAUCCCGGCUCUCUACGUAUUGCUGGUGGCCACGGAGCACAUGGAGUACGUCAGAACGUUCAAGAAGAAGGAGGACCUCCGCAACCGCCUCUUCUGGGUCAUUGUGGACAUGCUGGAUGUGCUGGACAUCCAGGCCAACCUGUGGGAGCCUCAGAAGAAAGGGCUGCCGCUCUGGGCCGAGGGCAUCAUGUUCUUCUACUGCUACAUCCUGCUGCUGGUGCUGCCGUGCGUGUCCCUGUGCGAGAUCAGCAUGCAGGGCAUCGGCAUCGUGCCGCACCGCAUGAUGCUCUACCCCAUGCUCAGCAUGCUCACCGUCAACAUCACCACCAUCUUCAUCCGCGGCAGCAACAUGCUCUUCUUCAGGGACGCGCGGGUCUCCAGCAUCUUCAUGGGCAAGAACAUGCUGGCCAUCGGCAUGAAGCUCUGCAUGUUCGUGCAGUACCAGCGGCACCGGCAGCACAGCCCCGCGGGGCCGGACCCGCAGCACGGCGCCCCGGCCGCGCCGCCCGCGGCGCUGCGCAAGGCCCGCGACCGGCCCGCCUGCCCCGAGGAGCCGGCCCAGGACAACACGUGACGAGCGGGCAGGGGACACGGCCCGGGCGUCCCCGGGCUCGGCCGUACCUGCGGAACCGGGGCGGGCCGCGGAGCGCCCUGCCCGGACACGGGGCAGCGGCCCUGCUCCCUCCUUCCCUGGGCGGAGCUGCUCAGGGCCCAUGGUGAGGCCCCACAGCAGCCUCCGCAGGGCUGCAGAGCAGUUUGGAACCUCAGCACUGCUCAAACAGCGGAGGGGAGGAGGCCGGGGCCCUGCCAUGAGCUGUGUGUGCGUGAGGCCAGGCAGCCCCGCCCUGUGCCAGGCUCCCCGAGCAGCACAGUGCCACACGGCGGUCACUCACUCCUCUGUCCUGGCGGGCCCUGGCUCCAGAGUGGUCCUUGGCAGCAGCCUGCUCCCCACUGUGUGAGCCGAGGUCCCCCCAGUCACCCCUCUCAGCCGGCUGCGGGCCUGGGGGGACCCAAAAGGGGGUGACUGUCCUGUUUUUGUACCUCCCUCUUUGCAAUAAAAGACCUGAACCCCGCAGCCUUUUCAUGUCUGCGUCCCUG